GGGCGUAUCACAUGUCCGCCUGGCAAAGUAUGUAUUAACGAAAUAUGUGUAGAUCCACCCUCAUGUGCCAGUCAUGGGCAGAGGUGUGAUAAGAAAGGGUGCUGUAAUGGAUUAUUUUGCCAUCAACGAAAAUUGAGUGAUCAUCCCGCCUGUAUGGAAAAAGCCUUUAUUGGAGAAGAUUGUUCCGGUGGUAUUCCUUGUGAUGGUACGUCGCAAUGCAUUGGUGGACAAUGUUCACUCAAGAUAGGAUCCAGUUGUGAUGAUGGUGGCGUAUGCCCUUAUGGAUCUAGUUGUAAGCAUACGAACGCAUUUCAACUCGGCACGAAUAAAGUAUGUCAA